AUGGAACUCCCGCGUUCCUACCGUCCCCAGCGCACCCCAAUCAUCAAUGUUCUUCAACGGAAGCAGAAACCGACGUGCUCUUUCUGCCUUCGACCACGCGAGCAGUCGUUGGGCAGCCAUACCUUUGCGCGACCCAACCACCCAAAGGCCUUCUUCUCGCCCAACAGACACCCACGCCCUCGAAUACGCUCGAGCUUCCUAACGACGGACGCUGAGGACGACACGUCUUUCAAGGGGGGCGUACCAUUCGCGACUAUGACGUUGCUCUCCAACAAACGUUUCGGCUCUCCGUUGCUCGCUGGCGAGGAAAGUUCAAAGAUGGUGCUCGACAGCGUCUUCCGCACGGAGUUGUCUAGCAGGUACAACAGGGACGCGCUCUGCGUGAAUAUCGUCUCCCCAUCUUUGCCCCGCUCAAUCUUCCGUCUCCUCAACGUCCACCUCGGCCCCUUCGACUCACAGGCCAGGCGUAUGGAUCAGAUGGACGUACUAGCUCGGCUCCUGCGCGAGCCCGGAUGCAGCGGCGCUAUCAUCGCAGGUGACUUCAACGCAGUUUACCCGAGGGAUCAUCAGCUCAUCGAUGACCAUGAGCUGGUUGAUGCGUGGGUUGCGCUGCAUGGGCGUGAUGGAGGAGAUACUUGGGGACAUUGGGGUGUCCCUGUUGAGAUUGAGGAUGAAUUUGAACCGGGGAGGUUGGAUAAGGUUGUUAUGUUGGGCAUGAAGCCUGAGGAAAUUGAAGUCCUACAGCCUGGGCGCGUGGGCGCGUUACUAUACUAUGCGCUUUAA